CUUUGUUGUUUUGUUUUUAAAUAAUUGAGUUUUGAAGUCUCCUUUUUGGUUAGGUAUUGGUUGUUGAAGUGACUACAAAUGCUAAAACUUAAAUGGUUAAAGUAUGUUAGAAUUUCAGGCUAAUUUCUAGGUCAUUCCAUUCGUGGUUAUAUUUUACAUCUCAACUGAAAAUUAACUAUUCGCAGAUUCAAAAAUGAGUGCUAACGAAAAGAAGAUGCCUGGGACUGGAUUGGAAGACAUCGGAGUGCCGGGACAAAUGUUCCUUCGCGAUGCUCUCACUAGCUGCACUGAUCCGCUCAAAGCAAUCGAGGAGUUUCAGUUGGAAAAUGGAAUUCUUCUGCCGUCUCUGAGACAAAUGCUGCCUUUGCUGGACCUUCACGGAGUCAGGAGAUUAGACUUCCACACAUCAGUAAUGGAGGAAAUAAGAGAAAGACUUAUUCAGCACAUCAAUGACAUAGGCCAGAAGGAAGGCAGGGAACGGGACAAGAAGUUGAAGGAGUUGUUGUCGAAAAGUUUUCCCCUGGUGAAGGUGAAACCACUGAGACCAGUUGUAAUGGCCAUCCUACGUAACACAACACACAUAGAUGAUAAAUACCUGCGGGUAUUGGUGAGUAGGCCAGUUGUAAUGGCCAUCCUACGUAACACAACACACAUAGAUGAUAAAUACCUGCGGGUAUUGGUAAGGGACCGAGACUUGUACAAUGACACGGACACCGAAGUGAAGCGUCAGAUCUGGAAGGACAACCAAUCUCUGUUUGGAGACGAGGUGUCACCGCUGCUGUCGCAAUACAUCAAAGAGAAAGAAAACGUCUUGUUUGACCACAACAACUUGACCAACCUGUUUUUCACACCGUCACCAAAGCUGAGGAGACAGGGAGACGUUGUUCAGAAGUUGGCUCACAUGAUCGGCAACAGUGUGAAACUCUACGACAUGGUAUUACAGUUUUUGCGCACAUUGUUUCUGCGCACACGCAAUGUUCACUACUGCACUCUGCGCGCUGAACUGCUCAUGGCUCUGCAUGAUCUGGAAGUUCAGGACAUUAUAUCAGUCGAUCCUUGUCACAAGUUUACGUGGUGCCUCGAUGCUUGCAUUCGGGAGAAAAAUGUGGAUAUCAAACGAUCUAGAGAACUUCAGGGAUUCCUGGACAGCAUUAAGCGAGGUCAAGAACAGGUCCUGGGCGAUCUUUCCAUGACCUUGUGUGACCCUUACGCCAUCAACUUCCUCGCCACCUCCGCCAUGAAGAUACUGCAACAUCUCAUCAACAACGAGGGACUGCCCAGGGAAAACACCAUCCUUAUCUUGCUUUUGAGGAUGCUGGCUUUGGGGCUCAGUGCUUGGGUCAUGAUCGAUUCUCAGGAGUUUAAGGAACCUAAGCUGGACUCCCAAGUUGUCACUAAGUUCCUGCCUGCCCUCAUGUCUCUGAUAGUCGACGACCAAGUCAGAUCACUCAAUUCUAAACUGCCUCCUGACGAGAGGGAGUCCGCCAUCACUAUCAUUGAACAUUCAGGUCCGCCACCUGAUGCCUGCCAGGCCUAUGUACAGGAGAGCUCAGUAGCCAGUAUCAUAGCUAUGUACUACACUCUACAGACAGCCAAGCAGAGAGACAGGAUAGGACUGAUGAGAGUGCUAGGCACUCUGGCCACCUGUGAUAGCGACCGAGCCUUCGAAGACCCCUUCCUACACUUCCUGAUAUCCUUAUUGAUCCACAUGGGAGACGAGUUCUCCACUGAAGACUUCUGCACUGUGAUAUUCGACGAGUUCUUCUACGCAGGUAUCAGCCGAGAGAAUGUGGUGAGACACAUGUUGAAGCUGCUGUGGUACGUUUACCCCAAGUUGUCCAGCACUCGGCUACAUGCUAUCAUGAAGGUGUUACAGCCUAACGCACAGCACAACGACGCGGUCCACUCACUGUACAAGCAGCUGACAGAGAAGAUAGGCAGCGAGCAAGAGCCUCCUGCUAUACCUGAGAACUUGGACUAUCUAGAGUCACCACUGAUGUCUGUGCCUACUCCUGCGCCCAUCUCAUAGACUGAAGAGUAAUCUCAGCUCCUGAUCUCAGGCACAGCCAGGCCCAGGGCUGCUGUAGCACUUCCCCAGCAAAAAGGGGGUCGUGAGAAUAUUUUUUGUACAAAAGUAAAGCAGCUUAAUAUUUUUUCCAAAUUAAUAUUUCUCUAGAGUGGAACUUAACAACAAAACUUAUCAUAAUAAAAUUGUAAAAUCUUUUGGAAAUAUAGCGCCCUAAAUAAUUUCCUCUGUGGGCUAUAGCACAGACAGCCCAUAAUACAAAUUGGGACCUGGUUACUCAAUAUGUGCCAUUCAACAAUGUAAAUAUUGUAAAAAUAUUUUUCUUGUUUUAAA